ACCACUACAUCAUUUUCCUCUUCUCAAUUAUCUCCUCGUAUCUAUCUACUACAAUUUCUGCAUAUACCCACUUACACACUCAGACAGAUCCUGAUACCCUUUUUCUUUAAUUUCUGUGUUUUCAAUAAAAAAAAAAUGUUGAAGCUUUCGUGCAAUGGCGCAGACCGGGUUCAAUUCCUCGCCCAAUGUGGGUUAAUGGGUCGACCCGCUUCUGUUCUUGCUAGCCGGGGGAGGAGCACCACUGCCGGGUUCCGGUUUCCGGUGACCAGAGGGUCGCCGAUUGUGGCCGUGGUAUCGAACAGGGACGGUGCUGCGGUGAACCGGGUCGAACCGGAUUCGGGGAGUUUGGCGGACCGGUUGCGGCUUGGGAGCUUGACGGAGGAUGGGUUGUCUUAUAAGGAGAAGUUCAUUGUCAGAAGCUAUGAAGUUGGGAUCAAUAAGACUGCUACUGUUGAAACCAUUGCAAAUCUCUUGCAGGAGGUUGGAUGUAAUCAUGCUCAGAGUGUUGGAUAUUCAACUGAUGGUUUUGCAACAACCCCUACCAUGAGAAAAUUGCGUCUCAUAUGGGUGACUGCUCGCAUGCACAUUGAAAUCUACAAAUACCCUGCUUGGAGUGAUGUUGUUGAGAUAGAGACAUGGUGUCAAGGGGAAGGGAGGGUUGGAGUAAGGCGUGAUUUUAUACUUAAAGACCAUGCAACUGAUCAAGUCAUCGGAAGAGCAACAAGCAAGUGGUUAAUGAUGAAUCAGGACACCAGACGACUCCAAAAAGUUUCUGAUGAUGUUCGAGAGGAGGUUUUGAUGUUUUGUCCUCGAGAGCCCAGGUUAGCAAUUCCUGAGGAGGAUAGUAAUUGCUUGAAGAAAAUUCCAAAACUGGAAGAUCCUGCUCAGUCUUCCAGAGUUGGACUUGUGCCUAGAAGAGCAGAUCUGGACAUGAAUCACCAUGUUAACAAUGUCACCUAUAUUGGAUGGGUGCUUGAGAGCAUGCCUCAAGAAAUCAUUGAUAGCCAUGAGUUGCAGAGUAUCACCUUGGAUUACAGAAGAGAGUGCCAACGAAAUGACAUAGUUGACUCCCUCACCAGUGAGGAACCACUUGAGGGUGCUGAGGUGGUUCCAGAACUCAAAGGUACAAAUGGAUUUGCCAUAGCAACGGAAGACACACAAGCCUGCCAGCAGUUCCUACAUCUACUAAGAUUGUCUACUGAUGAAGGACUUGAGAUAAACCGGGGUAGAACAGAAUGGAGAAAGAAAGCUCCAAGAUGAGGACCAUCAAGUGUGCUCCUGCCUUAUAAUUCUAUUUUUAUCUUUCUAGUUCUGUUUUGGGUUUUUCUUUGUUGUUGUUAUUGUUUUUUUUUUUUUUUCUCUUUUCACACAAUAGUUUGCUUAGAAAUCAUGCACUUGGUAGGGACUGGAAAGCUAGAUUUUGUUGUUGAUUUCUUGUUUGUCAUGUUCACAAAUUGAAAUUAUACUCCAAAUCCUGUAGUUAGACUGAAUAACUAAACAUAAUCUCUCAUGCUUUGGCAUUUUGAUUC